CCUGUCUCUGGCGGAAGCCACAAACCCGGGCAGCCUCAGCACCAGCUGAGUUUCAGAAAGAAGCAUUCAGAUUCUGUGAACUUUCUUCUAAGCAUCCUCUUUCAGAUUCCCCUUUGGGGUAAAAGAAGGGGCACAGGGACCACAGGACGGGAAACCACAGAAGAUGCUGGCCUGGGAUCCAGGAGACCUGGAAGAGGAGAGCCGGGGGAGGGGCAGAGCCGAGUAGGCAAUCUGUUCUGGAGCCAGCCAGCGAGCGGGGAUUCCAGGAUGAGGGAGGGAGACCCGUGUCUGCUGCAGAUUGAUGGCUGUGUCCUUGGAACAGAAGUGGAUUCUGCCUCCACCUGCUGAAUGCACAGCCACGCGGAGGCACGAGCUUGGAGAAGGAGCCAAAGCUCUCCUAGCUGACCCCGAGUCUUGUACCUCUAGUACCCAUGGCUCUUUCCAGCUCUGGUGACCUGGGCAAUGGGUGUCAUUUGGGAUCCUCCUCACCAUGAGGAACAAAGAGCAUCCCUGGGGAUUCCAGCAGCCACUGAGGCUAAAGAUUCAGACUUUCAGAAGGCCCGUGGAAUCCUGCUUCCUCCUGGGCUCCCUUCCCGAAACUCCUACCCCAGGACCUCCUUGAACUCCACCCUGCUGGACCACAGAAGAAAUGACCUCUGAGACAUCAAAUGCUGGAGGCCCAGGUGCAGCUCUGACUUCCUAAUCAGUCUCAGGCCCAGACAGGGCUGAAGUUUCCUUAGAAGAAGUGCCAGGACCUUUAAAGGGCACCUUUCAUCUCUCCCUCGCCCUCCCUCCCACCUCUCAGACAUUGCACCAAGAGGAAGCACCCCACAGACAUGGGUGAGAGGGGCACAAAAGACCUGCAGGGACCCUCCCAGUACCUGCUGACAGCAGCUCCAGAUCCAUCCUGGUCUCCUUUCUUUCUCCAGUUUUGAUCAUCUUUUCAGACCCGGGGGGACCUUGGCUGGGUUUCUUGCCCCCUAGGCUCCAAAGGGGACUUCCUGUGGCUCUUGGGAAGUCCUUUGGUGCUUAGAGGUCCCCAGGAGACGUUUGGGCCAUGAUACCAUGUGCUCAUACACCCCACUUUCAGGACCCAGGCCUCUGAUGUAGCUGCCGUCCUGCACACUGACUGUGGGAUCCACGGACACAAGCCUGAUGGGCUCCCUUCAGCACUGCCGCUGCCAGCUACCCAAGAUGGGUGACACCUGGGCCCAGCUUCCUUGGCCUGGACCUCCCCAACCAGCCAUGCUGCUGGUCUCCCUUCUUUUGGCAACUGGGGUGAUGCGCUCAGAUGCGGGAUCCAGCUGCCCGGUCCUUUGCACGUGCCAUAACCAGGUUGUGGACUGCAGCAGCCAGCGGCUAUUCUCUGUGCCCCCAGAUCUGCCAAUGGACACGCGCAACCUGAGCCUGGCCCACAACCGGAUCUCGGCCGUGCCACCUGGCUAUCUCACAUGCUACAUGGAGCUCCGGGUGCUGGAUUUGCGUAACAACUCUCUGAUGGAGCUGCCCCCGGGCCUCUUCCUCCAUGCCAAGCGCUUGGCACACCUAGAUCUGAGCUACAACAACCUCAGCCAUGUGCCCGCUGACAUGUUCCGGGAGGCCCACGGGCUGGUACACAUCGACCUGAGCCACAACCCGUGGCUGUGCAGAGUCCACCCCCAGGCCUUCCAGGGCCUGGUGCAGCUCCGAGACCUGGACCUCAGCUACGGGGGCCUGGCCUUCCUCAGCCUCGAGGCUCUCGAGGGCCUGCCGGGGCUGGUGACCCUACAGAUUGGGGGCAACCCCUGGGUGUGUGGCUGCACCAUGGAGCCCUUGCUGAAGUGGCUGCGGAACCGGAUCCAGCGCUGUACUGCCGAUUCUCAGCUGGCUGAGUGUCGGGGCCCCCCUGAAGUGGAGGGUGCCCCCCUGUUCUCACUCACCGAGGAGAGCUUCAAGGCUUGCCACCUGACUCUGACCCUGGACGAUUACCUCUUCAUCGCAUUUGUGGGCUUCGUGGUCUCCAUCGCUUCCGUGGCCACCAACUUCCUCCUGGGCAUCACAGCCAACUGCUGCCACCGUUGGAGCAAGGCCAGCGAAGAGGAAGAGAUUUGACGUAGGUGCCUGUCAUCCCUCCAUGCUGCCGACUGCCACUGCUGCUGACCACUGGUCACCCUCCCCAGCUGCCCACUCUGGUUCCAUUGUGCCCUGUCCACCUCAGCCAUGGUUCAGACAAGUUCUGGAAACUUCAUGUGAGCAUCUCUGUCCACUUUGGGCCAGGCACUGUACUAGGAAGUGGGAAUGUAAGAUGACUCCAACUCAGUCCCUGCCCUUGAGGCAUGAGCUUCUAGUAGAGGAGAGAAAUUCAGAAACUAUCCCUUUAUGACAAUACAUCAGUCCUCUGUGCACAUAGUUAUGGAAGCCCAGAGGACAAGCCAACCGAGCCCAGGAAGAAUUGCACGAGUGGACUGAUUUGUGAGAUGGGUCAUCAAAAAAUAUCCACUGUGUCAAGUAGACCAAGAAGGGUGGACAUAAGCAGACGACAGAGGUCAGGAUACUUGUAGAAUGCUGAGAGCAGUGGACUAUUCCUUGUGGUGUUAGCGUAUACAGGGGUGUGGCCCAGGACCCAAACUUUCCCUCUGACACCCAAUCUGUCUGCUCUCACUGCUGCCAACCAUUGCCCCUGGGGAGCAAGAAUGCCUCAUGCCAGCCCCUUGGCCUGCUCCUACCAGCAGCCACCGGGUGAGACCACUUCCCAGGGACCGCCCCCAAUAUUAUGCCACCAACUAUAGCCCGCCAGUGAGGCCUGGGCAACAGGCUGAGGAUGGACACCCCCAGUGUCUGUCCUCCUACACCUGUCUUCUGCCUCUCACUCAGUCUUGGUUUCAGAAGAGGAAGGCAGGAUGCCCUAGAACUGGGCAGCAAGAAUCCCGUCACCCUGAGACCCCAAUUCUGUGACUGUUCUUGCCGUGGUGCUCACACCAAGGGAUCCCACCAGGAAAUUUCACAGUGAGCUACAGACCCAUAGCAUGACAGUCCCCAGGGCUGAAGGAGGACAAAGGCACCACAGCCGUGACCACAGGAGGGUUUGUAUUUUCUUCUAAGCAACUCGUCCAUUGAAGCAUUAGGGUAGGAGAGCUAUUGGUUACUGAGCCCCCGCCAGUGUUAGGCACUGUGAUGUGGUCUCUCCACAAACAAUUCCCUUUAGCACACGCAACCGUCUUUUGAGGAGAACAUCCUUGUUCCCAUUUUACAGAUGAGGAAAUGCACGCUCAGAGAGGUUAAAGUCAUGUGCUACUUCAUGAUCAAAAUAAAGUCUGUGCUCCUGUUGCUGCCCCAUCCAAGUUGGGGAAUAGCACAAUUCCCUCUAAAGCUACGUGAAUUCGAACUCAAGCUGUGCUAUCAACAUGGCUAAAAAGGGCCAGGCAAUCCUCCGGGAACUUUUAUAACUAUUGACUCAUUUAUUUCAAUUCUCAAUAGCAACACUGCCUGGUGGGUGUCAUUAUUUCCAUUCUUCUGAUGAAUCCCUUGUCGAUUGCUGAGUCACUUACCGACGGUUAUCGGAUAAGCCUUAGAAGAAAGAUGAUAGCCAACCCCAUUCAGGGAAACUAGAUCUAAUCAGUCAAUCAAAAAAUCAAGUGACUGUGCAAAGCACAACUCACGUCGUCAUUGUCGCCAUCUCCAUCCAAUCACCCGUUUCAUCGGCUUCAUCAUGAUCUCCCCCAGAUAGUUCAGCACUGGAUAGUUCAGGAAGUGCUUUUGCAUCUUUCUCCUUGACUUUUCACAACCCUGUGCAGGAAGCAAACCAAACACCAAUAAUCCCAUAUUACAGGUUGGAAAACAGAAGCUCAAGAUGGGUAGGACUUGCCUAAAUGGCAAGGUUGGACUCAACUCCAAUAGGGUUCUCUUUCCAGUGCUUUCCCAGGUACUCAGGAAAGAGAACACCUUGGAGGUCUAGAAGGUGAGGCCCUGGGGUUCAGCAGUCAUGAACGCGCUAGUAUUUGUGGGCUUCGUGGUCUCCAUCACUAGUAAAUCAAGUCAAAUAAAGGGAGGAGAGCCCUGUGCACAGAUCAAGAUAUGCUCACAGUGAAGCACAUUGCAGCCUUUUAUAUAUACAGGUAGCACAGGUAACACUUGAACAGGAGAUACCUGCUUUACAAAGUGCCAAUAAAGCAGUAGAUCUGUCAUGUAAAAAGUGCGGUCUUUGGAAAGCAGGAAAACAAGCUGUACUAUCCGCUCCUAAUGAAAUCCUGGUGUAUUGUAUAUCAGGAGGUAUCAAGAGAGAAGCAAAAACUAUAGGUGGGAACUUUUGCAGAAUGGGGAAAAUUUAAAGCACAAUCCAACAUGUGGGCACAGCUGGCCAGGGUGAAAAUGAACACAGGGGCUUUCUACCUUGCCCCUAGUCACAGCAGGUUUUCAUCAUCCCAAACUCCUGGUAGCCCUGAAAUGGAUUAAGGAGAACAUAUCAUCUUCCAAGAAGUCUCCCACCACGCAUCUGCCCUGAGCUAGUCAAAUCAAAAUAGUCCCUAUGAACUUGAACCUGUGUCAUCUGGGUCUCACUUAUACCAUCUGAGGGAGUCCUGCCCCUCUAACAUCUGAAGCAAAACUGCGUCCUGUUCUCUCCUUCCACUAUGGCCAAGGAUGGUGGACUUAAGUUGUUCCCCGGUCAAGAACAGCUGAAAAGUAUUUGGAGAAGAACUUUUAGAAGUAAUGGUCAUGACAAAAUAGUUAAGCUUCUCAUAGAGGAACACCGUAAUCAUCUAUAAUAAUCUCCUGGGGACUGUGGUUUGCUGAAAUAUAGUUAAUAUAUUUUAAGAUAUAUACUUUUUCUCUUUUUUUGUAUAGUACUAAUGGUGUCUUUUGCAAGACAACAAAUGUCCCUUGAGAAAAAAAUGUCCUUUCUAAUGGGACAAUUUGAUCUCCAUUAGUGGCAAAGAUUUCUGAGCUGCCUAUAUGCUACUCCAUCUGCUGGGAGGUCCCCAGUUAACUAAAGUGCGAUGAGGAAAAUAAUCAACCUCCCUACUAGCAAGGAAUUCACCCACCACCACCAUCAUCUUGUUCUAGCUGUCAGAACUAAACUUGUAGAAAUAAUCUACAAAUUCUGGUUGGAAUUAUUCCCACACCCCUGAUGACCUCAAACAUUAUUGUGUCCCCUUAAGGUUUGAUGCAGUCUGUUCCACUCUGGCUGACAGGUAGAAGAUCUGUGUCUGUGUGUCUUUCUAUACAGUCCUACAUAGGCUUGUGGUCCUUCUGGAAUUUGGGUUUAACUCUCUGACACAGCUUGCUCACCCAUCUGGCUGCUACAUUGUUCAGUAUACAAAGAGGAGAGCCAACCAACUUUGAAGUGGGUCUGGCUGCUCCAAAAACAUACUAGAAAACUCUGGUAGAGGCAUCCUUAGAACCUAACUCCUCUGUCCCCGCUUCCCUCUGUCUCUUCUAUCCCGCAGAGGCUUGUCCUUGUCACGGACCUACAUGAAGGGUCAUGCUAGGCCUGAGGACAUCAAAGCUUAAUGAACCAAUCAUGAUGGUCAAGGUUUGGCCAAGAAAAUUGUUCCUCUGUAAAGGUCCCACAUCCGUACCAUGCCACUCUAACUCUGUCACCUCCAAUUACCCUCAAACAAACUCUCACCUCCUUUUCCAUUCUUGCCAGAGUUCCCAAGGAAGCUUGCCAAAAUAGGUCCCCAGAGAUGCUAUAGAGUUUCAUGACCUCUUUCAAGGAGCUAAGUACAUACAAUUUAAACAGACCAUCAGACCGACAGCCCCCAUUUUCUCUGUAGGCAUCAUUCCUGACAUUCCGGUGGUAGAAGAGCAGGAGACGCCAUUGUUCAUUCCUUGAAAGGACAUCUUCCCAAAGCUAGGGAAACUUGUCUGCUCUUCCCACCCCAGAAAGAGGUGAAAGGGAAGUAAAUGAGGCAAGUUGCAAGGUCCUUUUGUAAAUCACCAUCACAUUUGCCACAGCACUGGUCGGAGAGUGGGAUCCACAGAGCUCCCGGUUUUCCUAAGUGCUGAUAUCUGGAGGUGGGAGGGAUCGGGAGGGAAUGGGUUCCAGGGAAGAUACCAACCUUUGUAUGGAGAUGA